GUUUCUCUGAGCAGGUGACGGUUGCUAUAUUGUGAAAUAUCAUGUUGAAAUCAAUCGGCAAUCGGCGUAAACAAUGCGAUUUUUAGAAGUUGUAUGACUCUCACGCUGCGAGCACAUUCGCAUUCUUGCCCGUAUCUCGAAUUUCCUUUCGACAUAGGAAAGCAAAAUACGAAAGCUAUUCUCCUUUAAUUUGCGUCGUUUCUUGCGUUCUGCGUGACGUGAAAUGAUGUAAAUGCAAUGCUGACGUAAAUACCGUACCGUAAAGAAGGAAAGAAACUUUUAAAGUUUCACCUUUCGACCACACAUUGUAACUUACCAUGUAUUGUGGGCCAUCGCAAGUUGUUCAAGACGGAUGCUGGGCCUGGCUUUCACUUAUCGCUGCGGCAAUGGUCCAAUUCAUUGUCAUGGGAAUACAUAAUUCUUUUGGAAUUAUGAAUGUGUUUAUCCUAAAAACUCGAAAAUGGGAUGCAAGCACUUCAGCACUCAUCGGUUCCUUUGCCCUUGGCUUGAACUUUUUAAUAAGUCCUAUUGCAACACAACUAUGCGAGUCAUAUAAUCCCAAAAAGGUUACAAUUCUCGGAGGAGUUUUAUCUGUUGUUGGUCUGUUUGGGACAUCGAUGGUCGACAAACCGAUACCCAUGUUGCUAUGUUACUCGGUUGUUUGGGGAACCGGAUCAAGUUUAUGUUAUGCCUCUAGUUUUGUCGUUGUUGGCAAGCUUUUUCGAACUCAUUUGGCCUUUGCCAUGGGUUUUGCGACUGCAGGCAGUGGUAUCGGUGGUAUGGCCAUGCCACCUUCUAUUCAACACAUAUUAUACAAGCUUGAUUGGAAGGCUACCUUUCUAAUAUUGGCAGUUCUCGCAUCCAUUCUCAUUUUUGCGGCUCUCGCCUACCGAGAACCCAUUUUAGGGCCAAACGAUUUGUCUUUAAAUAGGACAUCUUGGCGAAAAUUAUUUGAUUGCUCUCUAUGGUGUAUUCCAGCCUUCACCAUACUGACUAUAUCCCUGGUCAUUUUUAAUUUUGGUUACUAUGUACCGAUAAUUCACAUGGCAAAAUACGCGACGGAUCAUGAUAUAAGUGAAACAAAGUCGUCAUGGCUACUCAGUUUCAUGUCGGCGUCUUCCGUUGUAGCGAGACUACUAUUUGGCAAGCUAGCAGAUCAUCCCCGAGUAAACAAAUUUGUGAUAUUUCAUUGUUGUCUUUGCGUUAUGGGUUUAUCAACAACAUUGUUUCCGCUGGUCAAAUUAAAAUACGCAAAUUUCGUUAUGUACAUGGUAAUAUUUGGUACGUGUGAAGGCUGCAUCGUUGGUACAGUUUCCACACUUGUUGCUCAUGUAGUGGGAAGGCAAAGAAUUUCACCAGCGAUUGGUUUGCUGUUCUUCUCAGUUGCUCUUCCACUCACAGCUGGUCCAUUAAUUGCAGGUUGGCUUUACUCAAAGACACGUGGUUACGAGAAGGUAUUUUACCUAUCUGGGAGCACCAGUCUUUUUUCGUUUCUUGUAUUUUGCCUUCUUUAUUUUCUAACACAAACAUCAAACAAGAAUUCCGUUCAUAAUGACGCUGACAUUGAAUUGGCGAAUGUUGAAGAUGAUGACGCAACAGAAAAUAUGUUACUUCAUCUUCGUGGAGAAAAUGGUGAUGCUCAACCACAUUCCUCGAUGACAACAUGUAAUGGCUUGCCUGUCCGUGAAACAAGAUUAUGACGUUGUCAUUGUUCAGAUAUUUAAUCAAACGCAUGUGAGAUGGACGAGUUUAAUGUAUGACAUGAAUACAAAGGAGAUUUCGUCACUACAGUUAGCAAUUUUGUUCGAGGAUAAUGAAUCUUCGGAAACUAUCGGUUUUCAAACUUGUUGCGUGAUUGGCUCAUAUACAAACAAACUAAAAAUCAGCUUCUUUCAAGUAUUCUGCCGAACCUUUACAGCUUGCCGUGGAUUUGCACUUGACUUAUAUUAGCUCACGACGCGUCAAUGAAAUCAAUUAGGAUUCUAAAUAAACAUAUAUACGAUAGAGGACCUUCAACAAACAUGUAUUGGACUCAAUAGAGAAGAUAAGAACCGUGAAUAAAUUAGAAUUUGUAAAUAAAGAUACGAUAGUGGACCUUAGACAAACAUAUUUUGGACGGAGUUAGAAAAGAUAAGACCCAAUCAAUAAAUCAAUUAGGAUUCUAAAUAAACGUAUAUACGAUAGAGGACCUUCAACAAACAUGUAUUGGACUCAAUAGAGAAAAUAAGACCCAUCUAAUAAGAUACGUAUAAAAGUACAAACAUUUUCGUUGAAGACGAUAAAAAUUCCUUGUC